CCUCCUAGAACGCUCGCCCCGCGCCGCCGGCGUCCACCACCAGACAGAGCAGUCGAAAAACCCUCGCCGCCGCGCCGCCUCGUCGUCUCCGCCGCAGAUCUCCCACCAGAAAGCCCCAAUCUCCCCGCAACCCCGAAGCUCCCCGCCAUGUCGGCGAUGCUGCAACCGCAGGUCAUCCUGCUCAAGGAGGGCACGGACACGUCGCAGGGGAAGGCGCAGAUGGUGAGCAACAUCAACGCGUGCACGGCGGUGGUGGACACGGUGCGCACCACGCUGGGACCCCGCGGCAUGGACAAGCUCAUCCACGACGACAAGGGCGGCGUCACCAUCUCCAACGACGGCGCCACCAUCAUGCGCCUCCUCGACAUCGUCCACCCCGCCGCCAAUAUCCUCGUCGACAUCGCCAGGUCGCAGGACUCCGAGGUUGGUGAUGGGACUACUACUGUGGUGCUUCUAGCUGGUGAAUUUUUAAAGGAGGCAAAGCCUUAUAUUGAGGACGGUGUACACCCUCACAGUCUAAUUCGCAGUUAUAGGACUGCUGGCCAUUUGGCGACUGAGAAAGUUAAAGAGCUGGCGGUUAGCAUAGAAGGGAAAAGCCUUGAAGAAAAGAAAAUACUGUUAGCCAAAUGCGCUGCAACAACGCUCUCAUCGAAGUUAAUAGGCGGCGAGAAAGAGUUCUUUGCUUCUAUGGUUGUUGAUGCUGUGCUUGCUAUUGGAAAUGAUGACAGGCUUAACAUGAUUGGAAUAAAAAAGGUUCCUGGAGGUACUAUGAGAGAUUCUUUCCUUGUUAAUGGUGUUGCCUUCAAAAAGACGUUUUCAUAUGCUGGGUUUGAGCAACAGCCAAAGAAAUUCUUGAAUCCAAAGAUUCUUUUGCUCAACAUUGAGCUUGAGCUGAAAUCUGAGAAAGAAAAUGCAGAGAUUAGAUUGUCAGACCCUCUGCAAUACCAGUCAAUUGUUGACGCUGAGUGGAACAUUAUUUAUGAUAAAUUGGAUAAAUGUGUAAAAAGUGGGGCAAAAAUAGUGCUUUCUCGGUUGGCAAUUGGUGAUCUCGCAACACAAUAUUUCGCAGAUCGUGACAUUUUCUGUGCUGGCCGUGUUACGGAAGAGGAUUUACAGCGUGUUGCAGCAGCAACCGGUGGAUUCGUUCAGACAUCUGUGAACAAUGUCAUCGACGAGGUUCUUGGUUCCUGUGAAGUAUUCGAGGAAAGGCAAGUGGGAAAUGAACGGUUUAACAUAUUCAGUGGCUGUCCUUCUGGUCAAACAGCAACCAUAGUCCUUCGGGGUGGUGCAGAUCAGUUCAUUGAGGAAGCUGAAAGAAGUCUCCAUGAUGCCAUCAUGAUUGUUAGGAGAGCGCUUAAGAAUUCAACAGUUGUGCCUGGUGGUGGUGCGAUUGAUAUGGAAGUAAGCAAGUAUCUCAGGCAGCAUGCACGGACCAUAGCCGGGAAGUCUCAGUUUUUUGUUAAUUCAUUCGCUAAAGCACUUGAGGUUAUUCCGAGACAACUUUGUGACAAUGCUGGAUUUGAUGCAACUGAUGUGCUAAAUAAGCUCAGACAGAAGCAUGCAUCUGGUGAAGGUGCUAACUAUGGUGUGGACAUCAACACUGGUGGAAUUGCUGAUUCUUUUGCUAACUUUGUGUGGGAACCUGCAGUAGUGAAGAUCAAUGCUAUAAAUGCUGCAACUGAAGCUGCUUGUCUUAUUCUCAGCGUGGAUGAGACUGUUAAAAACCCCAAGUCUGAAAGUGCACAAGGUGAUGCUGCUGCUAUGGGUGGUCGGGGCCGUGGUGGAGCUGCAAUGCGUGGCCGUGGUGGAAGGGGUAUGAGGCGGCGAUAAUCAAUCGAUACCACAUAGUAUCUUUGGGUCACUUGAGUGGGUCAAAUUUUGGAGCUGGGCCCUUCCUCUUCCUAUAUCCAUGCUCUCCCUGCGUGGUGUUGUUUGUGAGCUCUAUGAUUUCCUAGAUGUGCUAAUUGGAACAGCAAAUGGAUUGCAAAUAUUGCUGUUAUGUAAACAUUACAGGCAGACAAUUGGGAGCUUUUGGCCCCAUCUUGUUCGUUUCCUGCGUAGCACUCGGUAGUGUCGUCUUGUGAACCAGAUUUAUGUGCUGAGAUUGUUCAAUAUUAUUUGUUCAUUGUGCGGGUUUCAUCUCA